AUGCUGAAUGCAUUACCAUGGACGACCUUUGAAGACGACAAAACACACUUUUGGGUUCACUAUGGUCUCUGUGCAUUUGGUUUUCUUUUGGCGGUAAUCACUUUUAUAGUUCAAGCUACAAAACCAGCACCUUACGGAAGACACCAGAAAUCUAACCAAUCAUUUGGGCCAAUGGUUCAUCAAAGACUUGCACACACAAUAUCAGAUGCCAUUCCUGGUGUACUUCUGUUUUCACUUGUAUUUUUUCUUUAUGGGACUCACACAGAAUACACCAAUAUAACAUUUUACUGUUUAUGGCUUUGUCAUUAUGUACACCGAGGAAUUAUUCACCCAUGGAUCAUGAAGUACAGCAGUCCAAAGACCCCUUUGGGUAUACCAUUAGGAGGGCUUUUCCCUAACCUUCUCUACAGUUUUCUUAAUGCUGAUUGGAUAGGUGCUGCUUCUUAUGACUCGGACUACUAUAAAGACCCACGGUUUAUCAUUGGUGUUGUAAUGUUUAUCACAGGAUAUAUCAUUAACCGCUAUGCAGACUUAUCACUUCGCAAGCUUAGGGCAAACAGCAGUUCUGGGUAUUCCAUACCUAAUGGAUGUUUGUUUCACAAGAUUUCUUGUCCAAACUAUUUUGGAGAAAUGCUUGAAUGGUUUGGCUGGGCUUUGGGAACAUGGUCAGUGGCAGGUACUGUGUGGUUUUUGUUUUCUAGUGCAACAUUAGUGCCACGAUCAAGGCAUAACCACAGAUGGUAUAAGGAGCAAUUUCCUGAUUAUCCUGCAAAUCGAAAAGCUCUGAUUCCAUUUCUGUUUUAA